AAUGCGUUGCCAUGACUGGGUCAUCAAUCGAACGUCGGUAAAUCAAGGGAAUUUGACCUCGUGAAGGCGAUUGUGUUGGGAUUGUAGUCGGUAAAACGAGGGAAAUGCCAUUUGGUACAUUGCCGUGUGGUUUUGAUUGGUGGUGUGGGGACCAACCGCACGAGUUUGGAUCCGGUGGCCAACCAUUUUCCGAUUUCCACACGACAAUGACUUCGUUUGUGUUGUUUGAGUCGGCUUCCGGCUACGCACUCUUUGAAGUCGUCGAAGCGGAGCAGAUUGCCGUCCUCUUGGACCAAGUUCAACAAGGCGUGCAAGAUUUGAGCAAGUUUGGCGCGGCCGUCAAGCUCAAGGCGUUCUCUCCGUUUGUAUCUGCGGAAUCGGCGCUCGAAAACAUCAACGCGAUCUCGGAAGGGUUGCUCACGGACGACUUGCAAGCGUUCUUGGAGUUGAACCUCCCCAAGGCCAAAAAGUCCAAGUCGGCCGCGUUCACGCUCGGUGUGUCGGACAAGGGCCUUGCCCAAGCCAUCACGGAUGCGCUCCACCUUUCUGUCAACACGAACGAAACGACCCUCGAAGUCUUGCGCGGGGUGCGACUCCACUUUGCCAAGUUCAUUAAGGAGCUCGACAAUGGCGUGUGGUCCAAGGCCCAGCUUGGUCUCGGGCACUCGUACUCUCGUGCAAAGGUAAAGUUCAACGUGAACCGCGCCGACAACAUGAUCAUUCAAGCGAUCGCGCUCCUCGACCAACUUGACAAAGACAUCAACACGUUUGCCAUGCGCGUCCGUGAAUGGUACUCGUGGCACUUUCCCGAGCUCGUCAAGAUCGUACCCGACAACUACGUGUACGCCCGUUGCGCCGCCUUCAUCAAGCACCGCACGUCGCUGUCCGAGGACUCGAUCGAAGAGCUGUCGAAGCUCACGAUGGAUGAAGACAAGGCGACCGCGAUCGUCGCCGCCUCCCGCACGUCCAUGGGCAUGGACAUGUCCGAAUUGGACAUGUUAAACGUGGCCAACUUUACGUCGCGCCUUAUCGGCCUCGCCGAAUACCGCCUGCAGCUGCAAGCGUACCUGCACUCGAAGAUGGGCCAGGUCGCACCGAACCUUGCCGCGCUGAUCGGCGACGCCGUCGGUGCCCGCUUGAUCUCGCACGCUGGGUCGUUGACGAAUUUGGCCAAGUGUCCGGCGUCGACCGUCCAGAUCCUGGGUGCCGAGAAGGCGCUCUUCCGCGCGCUCAAGACCCGCGGCAACACCCCCAAGUACGGUCUCCUCUUUCACUCGAGCUUCAUCGGUCGCGCUGCUGCCAAGAACAAGGGCCGCAUCUCCCGCUACUUGGCCAACAAGUGUGCGAUUGCGUCGCGCAUUGACAGCUUUAUCGAUGAACCCACAACCGCGUACGGUGACCAGAUGAAGGAGCAAGUGGAGGAACGUCUGGCGUUCUACGAAAGCGGCGCGGCGCCACGCAAGAAUGUGGACGUGAUGGCGCAAGUGAGUGAAGCACUCAAGAAUGCGGCGCCACUCAAGAAACGCAAAAACAAAGACGGUGACAAGUCGGAGAAGAAGUCGAAGAAGGCCAAGAAGGAAGAGGCGGUCGUUGAAGCCGACGACGAACCGGUCGAGACCGAGAAGAAAAAGAAGAAGAAGAAGAAGAACAAGGAAUAAGCACACAUCUAGACGUGAUGAGCAAGAUAUAUACUAGUAGAUAUGGUCCCAUGUGAGUCCGUGGAAUCACGCCAGACGUUGUGGUCGUCGCGGAAUCUGCUGGAGCGGACUCCUCGACACCCAACGCACGGCAUUGCAAUCAGCAUGAUCUCCUAGGCGAAUCGUCCAUCG